AUGACCACACGAGACGUACCAGACCCGAUAAGACGGGAUGACCCAAUAGUAUCCCCUUCCCCUGUGGAACAGUUACUGGCCAAGAGACUGGCCGACGUUGAGGUAGUAAUGAGGCGUAUCCUAGGAAUGCCAAUCCCAACCAAGAAGAGCAGACCGAAUUGUUACGCCGAUUCAUCUUUUGCGGACGAGAUCGCCCUGGCUGACAUGCCGCAGAAAUUCACUAUCCCCAACAUGAAACCAUAUGACGGUACCACUGACCCGGACGACCAUAUAGCCUCAUACAAGCAGCGGAUGUUCACUGGAAGUGAAGCAAUUGAAUGCAUCUCCUUGGAUAUUUCUAAAAUAAAAGAGAUAAACUUGAAGUGCAAUGCUUUCUUGAAGAUGCAAAACCUCAGAUUCUUGGACUUUUAUUGCCUGAACAAGCUAAGUCGACGUGUUCUCUGGGGCAUGGAUGAAGAGAAUGUGAAUAAGGUGCAUGCUUUGCAGGGCCUAGAAUUCAGUUCAUGUAACAUAAGCUUCUUUCGCUGGUUUGGAUAUCCUUUGGAUUCUUUGCCAUCAAAUUUUGAGUUGGAAAAUCUUUUUGCACUUAUCAUGCCAUGGAGCAAAAUUAAACAACUCUGGAAUGGUCUCCAGCAUUUAGAGAAGUUGAAGCAUAUCAACCCCAUCCACUCCAAGCACCUAAUUAGAAUUCCAGAUCUCUCAUUAGCCCCAAAUCUUGAGAGUUUGAUUCUAGAAAGUUGUACAAGUUUGAUUGAGGUUCAUUCAUCAAUUCAAUAUCUAAAUAAGCUGGUUAUCUUGAAUCUUAAAGGUUGCAAAAGCCUUAACAGUCUUCCUAUCAACAUUCAAUCAAAAUUUCUUAGAUAUCUCAUUCUCUCUGGUUGCUCAAAUCUCAAGAAGGCUCCAAAGAUCACAUGUAACAUGGAGAAUGUAUAUUUUGAUGGAACAUCUAUAACAGAGUUGCCCUUGAUUGAAUAUCCAUCAAGAUUACGUUGCUUGGAUCUUGAAAACUGUUCAAGGCUUGAAAUUCUCCCAAGCGACAUUUGUGAGUUGAAGAUUCUUUGUAGUCUUAAACUCAAGGGUUGCUCAAAACUCCAUAAUUUGCCCCAGCAGUUAGGAAAAUUGAAGAGCCUUUGUAGCUUAUCCUUGAGCGGAUAUAGGGGUCAAGAUCCAAAGGUGGGUUCAAAAUGGUCUCUUUUAUCAUAUUUAAGCUUUCUAUAUGAUUUAGAUUUAUCUGAUUGUAAAAUCAUGAGAUUACUCGAUACUCUUGGUAAAGUUUACUUUCUAAGAAUAUUAAAUCUAAGCGGAAACAAUUUUGAAUGGAUGCCAUCAAGCUUCAAAAAACUUAAAUUGAAGUAUCUAGACAUAAGCUAUUGUGAGAGGCUUAAAUGCUCACCAUUAGGCGCUUCAACUGCUGAAACAUACAAUUGUAUAUCAUUGGAGUUAUGGGAUUUUUAUUUAUCCUCGUCAGUAAGGGCCAACUUUGGUAAAUGUUUAAAACUGGAUCAGAAGCUGAAAGCCAAUUUGGGAGAGAGUCUGUAUGGGUUGCCAGGUGCUUUUCUUUAUCCUGGGAAUAAAAUUCCGGAGUGGUUUAGCUUCCAAAAUGUGGGAUCUACUAUAACUCUCGAGGUGCCACCAUUAUCUCAUUGUGAACUCUUCUCUGUGAUUGAAGUCUGCCUUGUUGUAACAUCUCAAGACCAUGAAAAAGCUCCCCAAUCUUUGGUUUUUCAUUAUAAGGUGAUUGGCAUAGAUGAAAAUGAAUCUUUUGUGAGUGGUGGUCGACUGGGUUGGAUUUCACUUCUUGUGGGGAUUUUGCAAUGUGGAGGUGUUUUCGAGCUAAUUGUGGAUGGGCAGGCCAGCUAA